AUGGGCAAUUCGAGAUACUUUUUAGUCAAGGUUGAAUUGGAAGUGCCGGAGUUGAUUCAAACAUCGUGUGUACUGGCGGGAGUUCGACGUUUAAUGUGUACACCUAAAGCACUUUCUGAAGAAGAAGCUGCCUUGUAUGAUCGUCAGAUUCGAUUGUGGGGCCUAGAAGCACAGUCAAAAUUAAAACGUGCUAAGUUACUGCUCUUAGGCCUGUCACCAGUGGCUGGGGAAAUCAUUAAAAAUAUUGUCCUUUGUGGCAUUAGUACUCUGACGAUUGCAGAUAGAAAGACCGUUACUGAAGAUGACAUUGAACACUGCUUUUUGUAUGAGGAAUCGCACUUUGGGCAGCUGUUUGUUCAGUACCCGUCUAUUAAAGAAUUAUUUGACCUCACCUGGCGUGGUGAGCAGGCCUCAAGAUUGUCUGCGAAACGGAUGCCUAAGGGCUUUUUUCUAGCGCGCUUGAUCUCUCAAGUAAAUGGCCCCAUUACAAGUCAGGCCCUUCAAGAUGCGUGGUACAAUGUGGCAGAAGAUCUAGGUGUACCAACGACACUGUUAUCCAUCGAGGAUUUUGAGUCUUGUUGUGGAAUGUCAAGCGUCGCUAUAAAUGCUAUCAUUGGUGGAAUCAUUUCUCAAGAAGUUAUUCAGGGCCUGUCGCAUAAAGGCACACCAAAGGGCAACUGGUAUUUUAUGGACGGAAGAACGUGUGAAGUUACCGUCCUCUGGAUUCCAUCUCGCGCACAACGCCCUGAUUCCAGCUCGUAG